UACCAUCUGUUCUACAAGAUGAGUAACAGCCACCCUCUUCGCCCCUUUACUGCAGUGGGGGAAAUUGAUCAUGUGCACAUUUUGUCUGAACAUAUUGGUGCCUUGUUGAUUGGGGAAGAAUAUGGUGAUGUCACAUUUGUUGUGGAAAAGAAACGUUUUCCUGCCCACCGAGUCAUUUUAGCAGCCAGGUGUCAGUAUUUUCGAGCACUGCUGUAUGGUGGCAUGCGAGAGUCUCAGCCUGAAGCAGAAAUCCCUCUGCAAGACACCACUGCAGAAGCAUUCACAAUGCUACUGAAAUACAUUUACACUGGGCGAGCGACACUCACAGAUGAGAAGGAAGAGGUGCUGCUGGACUUUUUGAGCCUUGCUCAUAAAUAUGGAUUUCCAGAGCUAGAGGAUUCAACUUCUGAAUAUCUCUGCACCAUACUUAACAUUCAGAACGUCUGUAUGACUUUUGAUGUUGCCAGUCUCUACUCACUUCCCAAGCUAACUUGUAUGUGCUGCAUGUUCAUGGACAGAAAUGCUCAGGAGGUGCUAUCAAGUGAAGGUUUCCUUUCCCUUUCUAAGACAGCACUCUUAAACAUCGUAUUAAGAGAUUCAUUUGCAGCUCCCGAGAAGGAUAUUUUCUUAGCUUUGUUAAACUGGUGUAAGCACAAUUCAAAGGAGAAUCAUGCUGAAAUCAUGCAAGCCGUGCGCUUACCUCUUAUGAGCCUCACUGAACUGUUGAAUGUAGUGAGGCCUUCAGGACUGUUGUCUCCUGAUGCCAUUUUGGAUGCUAUUAAAGUACGAUCAGAGAGCCGGGAUAUGGACCUCAAUUACAGAGGCAUGCUCAUACCAGAAGAAAACAUUGCGACUAUGAAAUAUGGAGCCCAGGUUGUAAAAGGGGAGCUGAAAUCUGCACUAUUAGAUGGUGAUACUCAAAAUUAUGAUUUGGAUCAUGGAUUUUCUAGACACCCAAUUGAUGACGAUUGCCGUUCUGGCAUCGAGAUUAAGUUAGGUCAGCCGUCCAUCAUCAAUCACAUACGGAUACUCCUGUGGGACCGUGAUAGCCGAUCUUAUUCAUACUUCAUUGAAGUGUCCAUGGAUGAACUUGACUGGAUCCGAGUGAUUGAUCAUUCACAAUAUCUGUGUCGUUCUUGGCAAAAAUUAUAUUUUCCAGCCCGUGUCUGCAGGUAUAUUCGAAUAGUUGGAACUCAUAAUACAGUGAACAAGAUUUUUCAUAUUGUGGCUUUUGAAUGUAUGUUUACAAACAAAACCUUCACUCUUGAGAAGGGCCUGAUAGUGCCCAUGGAGAAUGUUGCAACAAUUGCCGAUUGUGCGAGCGUGAUUGAAGGCGUCAGUCGGAGCAGAAAUGCCUUGUUGAAUGGAGAUACUAAAAAUUAUGAUUGGGAUUCUGGCUACACAUGUCAUCAGCUAGGAAGUGGUGCAAUUGUGGUUCAGCUGGCACAGCCAUAUAUGAUUGGAUCAAUACGGUUACUACUUUGGGAUUGCGAUGACCGAAGCUACAGUUACUACGUUGAGGUUUCUACCAACCAGCAACAGUGGACCAUGGUGGCUGACAGAACUAAAGUCACCUGCAAGUCCUGGCAGUCAGUGACUUUUGAAAGACAGCCCGCCUCCUUCAUCCGAAUUGUUGGAACCCACAACACAGCAAACGAGGUGUUCCACUGCGUCCACUUUGAAUGUCCAGAGCAGCAGAACAGCCAGAAGGAGGACAGCAGCGAGGACUCGGGCCCAGCGGACACCAGCCUGGCAGGUCAGCAGCUGGACCCCCGCGCCCUGCAGGCCCCUGGCGGCAGCUCUCUGCCCUCCAGCCCAGGCUCUGCCUCCCGCUCACCCCAGCGGCAGCACCAGUAAAGG